AAUACAUUGAUCUGAUUGAUCAAAAUUUGACUUAAUUUUACGUCCAUAAAUUGUAUUUGUAGACAGGCUCAUGGCUUCGUUCCUAAUAAGAAUAAAGUACAUGCUUAAUAAAGACGGAAAUGAAAAACAAGGGCGUUAACGUUACCUGAUAGUGAUAUCGUGUAUAUGUUGUCAAAAUGGACUUAUACUCAUGUAGCUGCUGCCUGCUACGGCCGCCAGAGAAGGGGCUCACUACGCUGUACAACCAUAACGGCAAAACGGAGGUAUACUCCGACAUGCUAAGAGAAUGCUUUGAGAUAAAUCUGAUCUUGGGAAAUGAUAAGUAUGGAAUCUGUGAGGUGUGUCUUGGCCGCCUGAGAGAUGCAAGUGAUUUUAAACUGCAAGUGAAGUGCAGUCAAGCAAAGCUGCAUGAGUGUCUGCAAAUAGAUUUAUCUGACACAAAAAAGAUAGAGGAAAUAACCCUCAAGGAGAAGCAUGAAACAGAUGAUGGCACACAGUUUAAUAUCAAGUUGGAGAAAGCCUGUGGAAAUGAGGCUGUAAGGCGUGAAAUCAAAUUGGAAAAAUCUGAUAUUGAGAUGCCUGAUGGAGAGACAGUGGCGUUAUACGGCGGGGCACCAACGCCGGCGCCUGCUGACGUAACCAUCUGCGACUCGCCAGAACCAGCUGCCACGUCCGUCGACGCAGCGCACACAUGCGACAUCUGCCAGAAAUCAUUCGACCACCAAUCCAGGCUUAAAGUUCACCGUCGAAUACACACCGGAGAGAAACCGUACUCGUGCAACGUAUGCAACAAAAAAUUCGCACAAAAAGGCAACUUGAAUGCUCACUUCAAAUACCACAUGGGCGACUUUAAGUUUUCUUGCGAUAAGUGCGACACACGAUUUACACAAAAAUCUCAUUGGAGCAAACACAUGUUGAUACAUACCGGAGAAAAACCUCACAAAUGCAAAGUGUGCAACAAACAAUUUAGACAAAAAGGUAGCUUAAAUGUUCAUUUGAAAAUACAUUUGAAAUCUGAAAGUAAUCGUCUUGAACCAGGAGAACUGCCUUUAUGUAAAAAAGAAAUAGCAGAUAACUCAAAUAAUCGUUCAAAAGAUUUGGGAGAAAAACCUCACACCUGUGAUAUAUGUAAAAAACAAUUUGCAGAAAAAUGUAAUUUAACAGCUCAUCUCAAAAAUCACACGGGGGAUUAUCAAUUCUCCUGCGAUGUCUGCGAAAGGAAAUUCGCUUCAAAGUCCAGCUUGGACACUCAUAAAUUUGUUCACAUGGGAGGAAAACCGUUCACAUGCGAGAUAUGUCAUAAAAAAUAUACUACAAAAAGUGUGUUAAGACUACAUUCUAAAAUUCACUCGGGGGAUUACAGCUUUUCCUGUGAUGUGUGCAGCAAACGGUUCAUACAAAAAGAAGCCUUAAUAAAACAUAUGCGCGUACACACUGGUGAAAAGCCUUAUUCCUGCGAUAUUUGCCAAAGGAAGUUCUCGUACAAAUGCGGCUUAAAGAGUCAUUUAAUAGUUAGACACGGCCAAGUUCUAGACCGCCCCAAUCAACCCGUCCCGUCCUAUUCAUGUGAAGUAUGCAGCAAGCAAUUCAAAUGUAAGUCCGCUUUAAAAAGACAUGUACAGACUCACACAGGUGAAAAGGAAUUUAGUUGUGAUAUUUGCGGGAAACAAUUUUCACUAAAAAGUUCUUUAACUAAACAUAUAGAUAUACAUAUGGGAAAAAAACCACAUAUGUGCGAAAUAUGUAGCAAGCGAUUCACACUAAAAAGUACUUUAAGAGCUCACAGAGAAACGCAUAAUGAAGAACGACCAUUCGCCUGCGAAAUAUGUAAUAAGGCAUUCAGACUGAGCAAAUGUUUACAGGACCAUAUGAAGGUGCAUGAGGACUUUAAGCAACACUCUUGUGAAGUUUGUGGCCAGCAGUUCAGACAUAAAUCUGCUUUAACCGUUCAUAUCCGGAGACUCCAUCUUAGAGAGAGGCCGCAUACUUGUGAUGUAUGUGGGAAGAAUUUUCCAGUUCUUGCCGAACUAAAGACCCAUUAUCGUGUACACACAGGCGAGAGACCGUACGCUUGUUCUGUUUGCCAUAAGAAAUUUCAUCGACACGAUGGAAUCAGGCGACAUCUUAUACGAGUCCAUCAUGAGAAACCCACAAAAUAUAUUAAAUUAAAAGAAUUUUCUGGUAAUAGCUAGAUUAAAACUGUAAUACCAUAAAUAUACAAUUUUUUAAUAAGAUGUAUCGGAAUUAUACUGCUACUACAACUACCGUUAAAACUAUGGUACACGUUCAUGUAUGGCGGCGGUCGCGUGAGGCGGAGACUAAUGAGAAUACAUUACUUGAAACUAUAUUCACCGCUCAUCAUCUUCUAAUAAUAUUUCAAGGUACCUUAAAAGAGAAAUGCUGAAACAGUUGCAAGGAAAUUACAAUUAAAUAACUAGUGGGUACAUAAUUGGAGCAUCCUGUACUCGGGCGAAUGUAGACCCGUUCGGCCAGCGAUAAGCAACAAUAGGAUAAGGAAACAAAAUGUAUCUCCUCUCAGUGCAAUGAUUAUCGGUUUUUUGUAAUUUAUAAAUUGCUGAUAAUAACCUGAACCUGAGUAUAGUUAUUAUGAACAAUUGAACAGUAUGUUAUGCUUUUAAGAUAAUUUAUUUUUGUAUAACAUCUACUACGGGAAUGGAGUAUCCAGAUAAACCUUAGGGCCUACGCUAGCUGGCGCGGGUGCACGGAGCGGACGAGCGAGUUAACGAAAAAUAGUAUGAGCAACGCUAACUGAAGCGGACGCGUGCGGCGGAUUUCACCUACAAAUAGCACCCGCGUGCGUGCGCGCGUGGCAGGCGUCCGCGUCAGCUAGCAUAGACCCUUACAGGUUUAACGAUACUUAGUAAAUAAGCUUAGUUUUUUUUUGUAAUUACCUGCAUUAAAAAAAAACAUAUAUCAGUAUUUUAAAUGUUUCCUAUAGUUUCGAUCGAUAAGAAAAAUGUGAGCUUUGUUUUAAGUAGGUAUUACUUUGUGAGUUCUGGAUAUUAGCCAAAAAUGCGAAGCUUAUAAUUCAAUGUUACGGUGAUCAUGAGGUACUUAUAUUAUAAAAUGAAUACAAAAAUAAUGUGGACUAAAAUGUAAUCUUUAUUUAUUUUCAGACUUACAAUAUUUAUACAAUGUUCUACAUAUUUUUUACUAUAUUUUUUGUUGGAAGUCGAGUUGAAUAAAACUAUACCUAUAGCAAGUAAGCUUAAGUCCGCCUCUUGUACACAAUUUGUUUUAUGCAAUAAAGAAAUGUAAUUAAA